AACUGUCAAUGAAAAUGACAUUUAACCAUUACUGAGAUAAGGGAUAUCAUCAUAAAAGUCCAAUAGUUCUUUCUAAGUUUAUCUUCUCUAAGAAGUGGGACAAAUUUUUGUAAAUAACUAAGACAAUGUAAUUUGAUUAUAUAUAAAACAUUUCAUUGUCAUAAUUAUCAUACGUUUUUAUAAACUGUCUCAUUUUUCUAAUAUUUCACAUAGAUUCUUUGUGAAUCAUGAACGAGAAACACAUCGACAUGAAUGAUACAAUUAACUACUUAGAAACUGGAAACUACCUUUGUGAUACUAGUAUCACUACGACGAAAGUUAUAAAAAACAUAUAUGAAUUUUGUAUGUUUUUUAAUAGUAUCGGACGAGUUGCAAUAUUGAACGCAGACCAGAAUGAAAGUCAAGAAUUGGUAAGCUUACUUCUGCAUUUAAAAAAGAACAUAAAAUGUGCAAUAUCUGAAUUGGGCCAGUCUCAUGCCACAAAGAACUACAGGCUUAUGUGCCCAGAAUGUGAAGAGUUAAUUGAAGUAAAUGCAAAUACUAACAUUUGGACAGUUUUUCAACAACAUGAGCAUUUCGAGAAGUUGUAUAGCAAUUUUUUAAAUGGCACCUAUCAAAUUUCAAAUGAAUCUUCUACAGCUCAAAUUGAAUCGUUGCUUGAUGUAAGUAAAACUAGUAUUGAGGAUUCUACUUAUACUUUGGAAACAGAGCAUACAGAUAGUGGAAUUGAUUAUGAAGAAACUUGUAAUGAAAGUUGUUCUCCUGAAGAAGAAGAAGAACCUCUUGGUAGUAAUACUUUUCGAUUUAAUUUCUUACCGUCCUAUGAUUCAGUUAUUGAAAAAACUCUUUAUCCAAGAAGAUUGAAAUCUUUGAACAAAUUCAAUUGUUGUAAAUUACCUACAAUUCAAAAGAUUAAUCAAUGUAAUGCUAUAUGCUUAUUAUGCAACUGUUCCUUAAGAGCCAUUAAAGUGAUUUCCAGGAAUCAGUGCUUAGAUCAUAUUGUAGGUCAACGUCAUAUGAAAGCUGCUAAUGACCCACUGCUUGUAGCUGCUCUUGAAUGUUAUCACGAAAUAUUCUGGAAUUUAGAAACUUGCUAUCAGGCACACCAGGUAUAUUUUGAGCCAAAAAACACCACAACAAUAAAAUGUCAUCUGUGUUGUGUAGAUGUUCCCAUCCAAAGUACUGUUGAUCAUAUUAAUUCUGAUAUACAUAAAAAUACAGUUUUGAAGUUAUUUUUGAAAAAUAGAGUUACUGAAUUCUUUCUGCUUCACAUACAAAUUGAAGCAUAUGGAAUAAAACCAGAACCAAUUAAAAAUGAAAAGCCAAAAGUGGAUAAUGAAAAUGAAAGUUCAAAAAGAAGAAUUAGAGAAAGAAGAGGGAAAACAAUUACUACAAAUCAAGAACAUGUUGAAGUAAAUGAACAUACCAUAUUAUCCAGGCCAUUUGAGUGUGUCACUUUUCAAGAUUGCAUACCACAGAGAUAUAAGGAGCAUUCAAAAUAUUUAAGAGAUAGACAUUCAUACAUAGGCUGCAACUUGUGUCAGAGAAAUUUUAACAAAAGGAUUGAAGAUGUAUUAAACCAUUUAAUGACUCCACAACAUUGGCAGUUGGCGGAUCUCAGUAAACCACAGUAUACAUUUUAUUGCGAAAUUUGUAAUAUGAAAUUCAAAGAUGAAGUUUCUUGGGGAAGACAUUUUCUUCCUGGACAAAAUAAUCAUUCCAAAGUAUCAAAGAGUCGACUUGACAAAUUAACUGAACAUGAAUGUGUUACUUGUAAACUAGUUUUUUUCGGAGAUGAAAUAUCCAUUCUUAGACACAAAAAUGUAUCGGGAAAUUUCAAAAAGAGAGAACCGAAAGAAACGAAACUUAGCAAAGAAAUAACAAAGAUGUUUAUGAGUGCAGAAGCAAUAGAGAAAGAGGGCGAUUGUUUAGUAAGAGAAGCAAAUAAUACUGUUACGUGCCUGAAGAGAACUUUCGACUGUUGUUCUCAAAUAGAAGAAGUACUAAAAAUCAGCAUGCAGUAUUGUAAAGCCUAUCCAUUCGGUUCUAGGGUGUCGGGUCUGGGAAACGAGAAUAGUGAUUUGGAUUUAUUCAUAGAUACAGGAAACAUGUACUUUGGGGACAAAUAUCAAGAUUCCUUGUCACAAUGCGAGAUCGUUAAGAAAGUUCAUAAAAUAUUGAAUUCCCGUAGAGAUUUGUUUUCUAAAAUUCAUCAAGUACCAACAGCUAGAACGCCCAUUGUAAAACUUCAACACAUCGAGACUGGGUUAGAUUGUGAUUUAUCUUUUAGGCAUGGAUUAAGUGUAGAGAAUACGAAAUUUUUGAGAUUAUGUUUAGAUAUUCAACCAAUUACACAAGCUUUUAUUUUAAUAUUGAAAAAGUGGUCUUCUUUGAACAAUCUGGAUGAAUACAUAACUACAUACGCUCUUGCAAUGUUGGCUAUUUUUUAUUUGCAAGUGAACGAUUAUUUACUUUCAGUAAAGGAAUUGAAACGAUUGAAUCAGAAUCCAGCUCCGAUUAUUAGUGGAUGGGAAACUAUCAAAUACACCAUGCCACUGAACGUUCUGAAAAAUCAUGUCAAGCAAUAUGAACAUUCACUUUCGAGACUUUUAAAAGAUUUCUUUUCAUAUUAUGCAACAUUCGAUUACCAAAGAAAUACUGUAUGUCCAAUGAUGGGUCACGUCAUCAACAAAUCACUAUUUCAAGAACCAAAACGACUGCCACCUGAGAUGAGUGCAUAUGUUAAACAACUAAAAUCGAAACAACCGGAAGAAUUUCGUUUCAUGUCACCAUUUUGUAUCCAAGAUCCAUUUGAUCUCAGUCAUAAUUUAACAAAAGCCUGCCAAAGUGUCACCGUGGGAGCUUUUAGAAAACUAUGUGAAUUAAGCUAUAAACAUUUGGAUUCUUUGAAAUAGAAAUAUUUCAUAGUUUUUAGCAUUCGAUGAAUGUACAUACAAAUUUAAUUCUUUGAAAAAACUUGUUUUUCAGUUA